AUGCAUGACAGUGCUGCCACUUGUGCUUCCUCCUUGACUGAUUACUGCGUCUCUCGCUUCCCCUUUCUUUCUCCUCUGAUUGGUCCGUGUGGAUGUGCUGACCAGUCGAAUUGGCCCCCUUCAUGGACUGGAAACAAACCUCUUUUAACACGACUUUUAUUGAUUUCUUGCACGCAGUCGCAUGGUGGAGUAUUCGAAAAUGAGCCGGACAGUCUGCUGGACAUUGCGAGGAGUGAAGAGAGAGAAGAUGCUGCCCAUCUAGUCGUCACUACAAGUGCUGCUGAAAGAAAGAAUGCUUUUCUUAAGAAGGCUGCAGAGGAGAGCAAGGUUAAACGUCUCGAUCCUAAGGUUGGCUUGUUGAGUUUUUAA